CCGUAAACUGAUUACUUUACAAUUUUGCGUACAGAUGAAUUUAUCGAAGAAAAUAAAUGACUUUGCUUAGUCUAUUGUCAUUGUUAUAUGAUUUUAUAGCUCCAACAAACAUUAUCUUUAAUCUUGUUAAUUGAAUGAGAAAAAUUCAAAUGAAUCUAAUGAAAUAAAACUAAAUAUGCUUUCCUACUGCGAAGUUAUAUACAGCUGUUAUUAACAUAACCAACAUAACCUCUUUCCACGCGGUGUUCGUUCCGACAUUUGUGUACAUACAUUUUUUAAGAAAAAAUUGUCGAUGCGUGAACGUAUUACUUCGUGUACGACACAACGAGUAAAAAGCUUUAGUCUUUUAUGUUUUGUUUUCGUAGGUUAAUUAAGUAGAGUUCUUGUACAAUUUAUAAAGAUGAUGAAAAUAUUGUCGCUACACGACUUCAAUUCACCUUCUUUCGAUGAACCAACGUCUGUUGGAUUAAUAGAAGAUACAGUGCAUUAUUGCGAUUACGAAGAUCUACAGCAUGAUUUACAACCAUUCGCCAAAUACGUGCGUGAGUAUCCUGAGGUAUCAAUUGCUCCAGAUACUCUCGCUACACGUGAAACCGCUCGCACCAUGUGCUCUGGCGAUUUGUUUCUACCAGUUCAUGACAGUAUCUUUAAAAAAAUUGCCAGCGUGUGGAGAGAAAAAGGAUUGGCCGAAGCAAUUUGCCUCGCUGCAUCCACAGACUCAGAGGAGGUUACGACAGUUGUACAUUGGAUAGCUACAAGGCUUAAAUGGGUACUAGACUUAAUGGACAAAGGAAUAUAUCAAAGAGAGAUUCUACCUACUAGCGGAUCGGGGUCUGUUGCAGAUGUUGUUCAAACGAGAGAUUGGGACUCGUCGCUUAUUAGAUGUCUUUCUUGGCAUCCUCAUUGCACACGAUUAGCAGUGGUCACAAGGGAUGAUCGUAUACGCAUCUUUUCUCAAGGAUUGCCAGCAGUGCCAAUAUUAAGACAUAGCGCUCAGAAAUCAGUCUGCUGCAUCAGUUGGAGACCAUUUGCUGGCAAGGAAUUGGCGGUAGCAUGUCACGGUGGUGUCUUGAUUUGGACAAUAGAAUUAGGUGCAGCCAGUAAUUCUCUUAGUCAUGCUGUGUUACUGAAGCAGAGGAAUCAUGCACCUGUUACAAGUGUUACAUGGCAUCCACAAGGUGAUUUGCUGGUAUCUUGUUCACCAGCGGAUACGAAUAUGAUUAUUUGGGAUACUUCUAAGAGGGAAGGUGUUCCUUUGCGGCGAGUGGGAGGUGGUGGCUUGUGCUUCACGCGUUGGUCCUCCUGUGGUACUCAAUUGUUCGCGGCUACGUGUAGAAAUAUAUUCAGAGUUUGGAAUACCGGAGUGGCAACAUUAUGGCAUGCGGAUAAAUGGACGGUGCCUAAUGGUCGUGUGGCAGCUGCAUGUUUUGGCCCAAAUUUGACUCUAUUAUUUGCGUCUAACGAAGAGUCAGCAACAGUUUUUUCCCUUCCAUUGCAAGAAAAUAUCUUUGAUGUCAAGAAAGCGUCUAUCAACGAUGCCAAAAUGGCUGGGCCUCUAAUAGACUUGACAAGAGUCAGUUUUUCGACGGACGAUGAUUACAUUUCCGUUGGUGGAAGAGUAGUUGCAAUGGAGUGGGAUCCUACGGGAAGAUAUCUCGCCAUAAUCUUCCAGGACAGUCCCUGUAUCGCGUUAGUUAAAACGAAAGUAGGAAACAUGUCGCAGGUAGUCGACAUUAAACCUGCCUGCCUGAUCGAAGGAUUUCUCGGAGAAGUUCCAAAUUGCAUGAAUUUCUACCAAAAGUGUGACAGCUCGUCUCCUGUAAUUUGUUUAACGAUCGCUUGGAGCAGUGGUCGGGUACAACAUUUUCCUAUAGUGGAGAAAGAGACUGCACCCCUCGCGAACACAACUUACUCAUUGCCGACGCACUCGUUUUCAAUGAGAAACGAUACAUUCAAUGUCGAUUUCAAUGCUACUUACAGUUAAGGUUAAUAUUAAGUUGAAAACCUACAAAAGUUCGAUCUACCCAUUUUUUAUACAUUUUCUAAUAUUUGUAUAUAUAUAUAUAUAUCAUUGAAGUGAGAGUGAAGAUAUUUUUAUUAAAUGAGAGAAUAAUAAAUUGUACGAGGAUGUUUUCGGAGUUCUACGCUACGAUUGAUUAUGAAAUUAUGUGUAAAAUUUCAUAACCAAUUCGUUGGCGUGUUUAUAGAAAGAAAGAAAAAAUCGUUGGUCCCGUGUUAGGUUCUCUAAUGUUCUAGCUUUCUAACGUAUGGGAUAUACAACGCGACGGCUCGGGUUCGGUACCUAAUUAUACGAAGUCACAUGCAGAGCGCACGUCUUUCUAUUUUUACGUCACUUGACCGAAUGCUGAACGCCGACAC